AUGAAACCAGCCAUCGUACAAAAUUUAUCAUCUGUUAUUAAUAAAGAAAUUGUUAAAAAUGACGUUCAAGAUGCACUGAAUGAUCCCGAAAUUCGACAACAAAUAGCGUCUUUAAGAUCCACUGUUGGCGAAAAUGCCGUUGUUGAUAUACUAUGUAGGGCUGUAAUGGAAUCCAUUGAAAAAUGUUUAUUAUCAAUCGAAGCACGCAUAGUUAUCAUUGAACAAAAUCAAGUUGUCAUGAGAAAUGGUAUGAAUAAGCGUGAGCGUCAUUCGAGGCAAUUUAACUUGCGCAUUAUCGGGAUCCCUGAAAAUGAAGAACCAACGAAGGCAAUAGUAACAUUAGCACAAACUGUAGGAUUAAGUGAUUUACUAGAACAAGAUAUUGAAAUUUCACAUAGAUUAGGUGCUAAAAAAGA